AUGAACAAUAAUAAUAAUAAUAAUAAUCAACAAAUAGUAGCAGUAGCAGCAGCAACAGCAGUUAUCGAUAAUAUUGGUAAUCAAAAGAAUGACAUGACAUUGGAUAUUGCACAGCAACCUUUUGGAAGUAGAUCGUUCUCAGAUGAACAGAAAUCGUUGAUUACAGCGCUAUUGAAUAAAGAUAUACCACAGAAGCAUACUCAAACAAGACCCGGUGCUGAAGGACACUCUUAUGUAUAUGUAAAGACAGACCAAGUAAUUGCUGAGGCAAAUAGGAUAUUUGGAUCAGAUGGUUGGUCAUUUCAGGUGUUGGCAUCGGAACAACAGUUGGAGGAGGAGUACGACGAUUGUGUUAAAGUUGGUUUUUGGGCACAUAUAAGAAUAAUUCUACGUGAUGGUACAUUCCGAGAGGAUGUAGGCUACUCUGUUAUGACAAAGAAGAAGGCAGACAGUCAAUUCGAUCUACUCUUUGGCAACUGUAGAAAAUCUGCAGUUUCAGACGCUCUCAAGAGAGCAUUAAGAUUGUUUGGUAGAGCACUUGGCAAUCAUGUAAAUAUUAACAAUCAAACUGUAAUAAAAUCAACACCCCAACAACAAAUAGCACAACAACAACAAUCAAAUCAACAAGCUAUUCAAUCAAUUUCAGAUGAACACUUUGAAUAUUUUGACGAUUUAGAUUCAAAUAAUGAUGUCAAUGUAAAGUCUGAACCGAUGCAACAACAAAAACUACAGCAACAACAACAAUUUAAUAAUAAUAGUAAUACAAUCAAAAAACCAAUGCCAACGAUGCCUGUUACAACGUCUACUGGAAAUAACAAUAAUCAUAAUAUAUCAAAGGUGACAAUGGAUAAUAAUCAAGCAACUACAACAACAACUACUACUACUACAAAUAAUAGCAGUAAUGGAAGUAAUGGAAGUGGAAGUUCAACUAAAGUAUCACCUUUAUCAAGUAACAGACAUCAUCCAUAUCCGCAGGGUAUGAAGCCCAUGCCUUUGAGACCAAUGAAUUUACAAGCACAGGUACAGACACAGCAACAACAACAACAGCUACAGCAACAUCAGCAUCAACCAAGUCAUUUGCAAGAGUAUAAUGGUUCUUUUGAAUUUGAUUUUAAUGAAUCACUUGUGACAAGUGUAAAAUAA